AUGCCAAUAGCCCUCGUUAUCCCAGCCCGGGAAGGAGACUAUUACCAAACUAUCGCGCUACGGAUUGCGCACAGUCUCUACACAUAUUUGAAACUGGAUUGCACCAUCCUCAGGGAUUCUGAGCUCCAAGGACGUGUUCUGGAAGGUCGAAGUGUGGUGGUGAUCGGAGGACAUCAUAACAAAUAUGGAAUGGCGGUCCGCUCGAGCCCCUUGCGAAUUUUGCCUGAUGGAUCAAUCGUUACCGGGCAAAAAAGAUAUAACAUAAAUGGGGUAGGAGCACUAUCCUUUCACAAGGACCACGUUUAUAUGGAUGCCUUGGAUCUAAGUGGUUACGAACGAAUUCUGAGAGCAUUCCCUCUGAGAACAGGCGUCCCUGGCCCCGAGUGGAUGAUUAUUGGCCCGGAAAGCGAUACGAAGGGGUUUGGAGGGAUUCUCGCGACGGGGUGA